CGAUCCAGACAUGCCAUAGCUGCCGAUCGGAUGAUCAAUAUACUAUUCACAGAAAUAUGAUAUUCAUGAGAUCACAAAACCUUCAGAUGGACAUAAUUGACUAGUGAGAGGAUUGGAGGAUUCAAAAUAGUCGAUAUCGACCAGAAUAACUCUUCCGUUAAGGAGCGGCACAGCUUAGAGUCUCUAUCAAGCUUAAAGCAUAAACAUACAAUUAGCAUGACCUUCAAAGUGUAUAUAGGAACAGGAACUCUCAAGCUAUUCAGCAAUUGUAAUAAACCAUUAAGAACUCAUCGCCUUGCAAACAUCCUUGAAAUCACAUAUUAUCCAGUCACGCCGAUUAUUUUACACCAGCAUUAAUAUUCACCAUGAAGUUCCUUGCUGUAUUUAUCACUGGGCUCUCGCUCGCUAUCCAAGCCGAAGCUGCAUGUCCCACGGUCGACCAGAUACGUGCCUGGAUCAGAAACGAGGGUCUCGUUCUCGACAAAACCGUUUUCUAUACUAGCCCAUCCAGCACCAACAGAGACGCCAUGAACUAUGCCAACAAGAUCAACGGAAAGUUCUGGGGUAACGUCUACCCUAAUGACCAAUACUAUGACUGGCUCGGCGAAUGUGGCCCGGGCACUGCCCAAGACGACCUUGCUCCUCGAAUGUCCGAAGCUCUUGCAAGAGAGACCACAGGCUCGGCAUAUAUAUUGUUGAAGAAGGGCACAACCCCUCGGCCCGAAUCGGUUUUCAGUAUGAUUGAUAAUAAUCCAAAUCUCAACGUCAAGGUCUAUGCGGUUAAUCCGGAGGACCCAGACGAGACGAAAGAGUGGACUCCAGGCACAAACUGGAAGCGAGCGGUUCCGUUCGGCGAUGUCCCGAUGUGAAAAUAAGCACGAAAAGAUAUAGAUGUUAGGAUACUGGGUAUAUGGGCGUUGUUUUACCUUUACGCGUUGGGAUCGUUUCUAUUUGUUAUAUGUAGUAACGGUUAGUUGUCAAGCCCAAUUACUCAUUAGAAUUAUCUCGUCAUCAAGACUUUAUGAUACUUCUUGUGAACUUCCUACGAGACAAACAGAUUUACGUGACGUUAUAUAGAUUUGAGGUUUGCCACCUCAAGGGUGAUAAUGGACUUCAUAGUAGCCUAUAUACUG